AUGGCAGAGACCCUUCAUAUCCCCGACGCGGAUGCCGCCUGGCUCGCGCCGCAUCUGCCGUCAGAUUCUGCCAUCCAGUCAGCCAAAACCCUGAACCGCCCACUUGUCACCCUUACUUUUGCGACCUCAUUGGACUCUUCUCUCUCUCUUGCUCCUGGCGUGCGGACUCGCCUUUCGGGCCCCGAGUCCAAGGCCAUGACCCACCACCUGCGCCGUCACCAUGCUGCUAUUCUGGUUGGUGUUGGGACUGUCAUCGCCGACGACCCGGGCUUGAACUGUCGUAUGGAUGGUGCAGAUCUUGGUGCCCAGCCUCGACCCAUCAUUCUAGACCCUCGUGGCCGUUGGAACUUCACUCAAGACAGCAAGGUCUUCGAAGUCGCCCGGGCCCGUAAGGGGUUGGCGCCUUUCGUACUCACCGGCGCGGCGGGUGUCAACCCCGAGAGGCAGGCCAUCUUAGAAGCCCACGGCGGAAAAUUCAUUCUCCUUGACGCCCAGGAGUCACAGCCAAGAUUCGACUGGCCAUCCAUUCUGUCCGCUCUCCACGCUGAGGGGUUACACAGCGUCAUGGUUGAAGGUGGAGGACAGGUCAUCAACUCCCUCCUUCAUCCCAGUUACCAGCAGCUCGUCGACACUGUCAUCGUAACCAUUGCACCUACCUGGCUUGGUCGCGGAGGCGUUGUCGUGUCCCCCGACCGAGUCCAAGGCCCUGACGGAAUGCCUGUACCUGCCGCUCGCCUGGCCGGGGCCGCGUGGCAUCAGUUCGGGGAAGACAUCGUUCUUUGUGGACAACUAAGUCAUGAAGCCUAG